UAAUUAUACCAGAGAGGUGUCCAUUUUCCAUCUUAUUUAUCAGAUAUAUCCACAUCCUAAUGCUUCACGCUGAACAUCGCCUCAUGCAACAUAUACUCCGCCAAGAGGUGUACAUUCCACGACUUAAGCCCCAAAUCAAGAAGUUCAUUUUCAUGUGCAUGGUCUGUACUAUGCAUAAGCAGAAAAUGCGAUCGCAGAUUAUGGCAGCACUUCCACCUGAACUCUGCAAUUUUGUCCUCCCUUUCAUCACUACAGGUAUCGAUUUACAGGGCCUUUUCUGAUAAAGGCACACAUGCUAAAGUCUCCUAACCUCAUGAAAGGCUAUGUGGCUGUUUUUGUCUGUUUCACGACAAAGGCAGUACACCUUGAGCUUUGUACGAUACGAAUCUGACGGUGGAGGCUUUUCUCGCGGCAUUUGCACGCUUCGUCGGACGACGAGGCUUUCCAUCAUAAUUCAAAUCUCAUUUUAAAAAGAUAGCUGGCAACCACAAAAUUAAUUCUGAAGAAUUCACAACACUGUUAACUAGAAUUGAAGCCGUUCUUAGCUCACUGCCUCUCGCUGCACUCUCGCAAGUUCCCUCCGACUUUACUGCCCUCACGACAGGAUAUUUUCCUAAAGGAGCGCCCAUCCUGGCCACACCUGAGCCAAGCGUGGAAUCGCUCUACUCAUUAAACCGUUGGGAAAGUAUUAAAAUUCUCCAUCAUAGUUUCAAUUACCGAUGGAAAGAUGAUUAUUUAAAGGACCUCCACAGAAGGUACCGAUGGAAAACAACAGAAAAGGCGCCUAAACUUGGAGAUUAUGUCUUAAUCAGAUACUAUUGUCUCCUCCCUGCCGAAGACGGCUUGGCCGCAGAGAGCCGCUCUACUAUGGCUCCGAUGAUCAUAUUCGCUUAGUCGAUCUCCUUACACCAACGGGAACACUAACCAGGCCGCUUGUUAAGCUAUGCUAUUUGCCAACCACCGAUAAAACCGAAAAGUAUACCGAAAAUAACGUAACCGUAACUAAUAAACAAAGAAACAAAAAAUAAAUAAUAAUAAAAUCCUCCACUAUCAAUAAGUAACAACAAAAAACAAGAAAAGGGAGUCGAUACACAUGACGACUCACUGCUGUCACAUUACGUGGCACCAAUGCCCAUAUGAAUAUAUAUAUGUGUUAACUAAAAUAACAUCUUUUAACAGAUACAUAUUGAUGCCGAGAUGCCAACUGCCCCCAAGUCCACAGUACGUUCGGCCGUUACUGUUCUGCGCUCGAAGGCUACACCAGUAGCAGCGCCGCGAACAACCAUAGCCACUGCAGCUCCCCGAGCAGUUUCAAAGGCUCCGAAUAAUGACACGCAUUCACAACUCCAAUGCGCAUAUUUAAGGGGAUGACCCCUCAGCAACGCCAGCAGGUCGCUCAGGCACAUGGCCAUUGCUUAAAUUGUCUGGCGCCCACCCAUCUUACGCAGGAGUGCGCAACGUGCUAUCAAUGCCAGAUAUGCAUGUGGCACCAUCAUACGCUACUACGCCGCAUCGCCGCACUCGACGGCGGGCGUCAUGAUGCGCCUUGCAAUCGUAAUGCCAUCAGAGACCCCCGUGCAGGCCGGCAUACCCUACGGAGGACUCACGUUCCUGGCGUCACCGCAAUCCGUAAUGAUAAAACUACACACGUGUGCACCAACCACAAUCACUCCAUCUGAUUCAGCACCAACGAGAAUAAAGAAGGACCGAUGAACAGAUCCAGUGCAGUUCGUUCUACGACACUAGCAUCGAUCGGUCCUACGUUUUCGCGUCCCGCUUCUAUCCUCCGCCAUCUUUUGCGAAACCCACCGAGUGUUUAAAUAGUUUAAUUUACCUUAAAAUCCGUGUGCUAUAUUAUCAAUUGGUUAAAUAAAACCUCUAUUUGUAUAAAUAUCCACACGGACGGAUAAACCCCUUUUUUCGCUAAUUUUAUUCAACAUUUUCAGUUUUAUUAUAUUUCUUUGUUUGUUCACUGUCUGACUAGCUUUCGAAAAUAAAAGUUAGGAUGGAAUGGAUGUAGCAAACAUUUUUAAGUUUUUGAAAGCUAGUUUAUAUAAUUUAGAAAAUUGUGUUUUUAAUUCGUUCCAUAUUUCCAGUGGAUUUUCUGCUAUACUUCCAACUGGAGUGUGCAAAUGUAUGAAUAGCUCUUCUAACAUAUCUAGCAAAUUGUUUUUGUUUAGUUUCCAAUAUUUUUGGACUAACUUAUGAAGAUCAGUCGAAAUACUAAAGGAGUUUUCAGUUUUAUCAAAACUAUCGGAAGAGUCCUUGUCCUUCGCCCAUCGUGAGCAAUAUUUUCAACCCUCAUAAUAGUUCUUGCUUACCAAUUAUAAAUUCUAUUGCCAUUGAGGGUAGUCAAAUUUUUUUGUGGGCGAAAAUAACCAUUUGCAAAAAUGGCGUCGACCAAGCAAGUACGAACUAUGUAUAUAAGUAAUGGUAGAAUUAGAGGUGCAUAACCAUAUCCAUAUAAAACAGCUGAUUGAAUCAAAUUUACGGGGAACAAUGUUUCCAAUUAGAGGUGCGUUACCAUAACAACAUGCCCAUAACCAUAACCAUAGAUAUCAAUUGAAUUUUGAUUUUCGCUGUAACCAUAAAAAGCUGUUUGUUGAUUUUUUGACUUUUCAUUUCAAAUUUCGUUUGCAUUUUGUUUUGUUCGCCUCAUAAUUUUGUAUUUAUAAAGCUCGGAUUGUUUAACGUAAUGCGAUUUUUAAACAGCAAUCAAAUAAUAAUCUAUUAAUCAAAAUGGAUGAUAUUAAAUGAAUAGAAUGUGUGCGGAAUUCGCCAUGCCUACAUAUAUGACAAGAGUCAUGUCGACUUCAAAAAUCAAGAGACAAAAAUGCGCUCUUGGAAGGAAGUCGCCGAUAAUUUGGAAGUUGAUGAAAGUGUUGUUAUGAAGCGUUGGGGCAACUUGAGAGAACGCUUCUAUAAAGAAAUUAGAAUCUCACAAAAUGCUUCAGGAAGUGGCGCAUUCAUAGGAAGGCAGUGGGCGCUAUUUGAAAGUUUGCAAUUUUUUAGAAGUCACAUUAUUCCUCGUCCAAUGCGACAAAGUGCGCCAAUAUUGAAACGCAGCGACGAGAACUAUGACUUUAUAAACAUUUCGUCCGAAUCUAUAUCACAAGAUCUCUCGCCAUCACCUCCAAUUUCCCCUGGGCAGUUAAUUCCGUCCGACCAAUCAACAAUAAUUCUGUCCGAUCAAACAACAGCAAUUCCGUCCGAUCAGUCAAUUCCGUCUAGUCAGAUAUCAGCAAAUCCGUCAUUAACAUCGCGACCACGAAAGCGAAGAGGCAGACAGCUUGACGAGGUGGACACUGCCAUCCUCGGAACAGUGAAAACUUUCCAGGAGGUAUGUGAACUAAGAGCGCGUCGGGAAGAGUUUGAGGCGGAGAUAGGCGGUUUUGGGCGAAUGAUAGGGUUAGUUCGUAAACGCAGUAACUUGGUUGCACUGCAUAUUUGCAGGGGCAACGCGUUCGUCAAAAAAACCUGCGGCAAUACUGCUCUUCGUCAAAAGUUUUUUAAUGCAUGCAGUUGGCAGCACUUCGGCAAAUUGUCGCAGACAUUGCAGUAAUUUUUUUGAAACUGCGUAGAACCAAAGGCGAAAUGGAAGAAUCCCACGAAUUUCCAGCAAAUUAUAUAAAAAUUUUAAUACGAACAAGGCUGGACAUGGAGUCGGAGUUCCAGGAAGGAAGGAAAAAAAAAUCAUUCCUGUGGGGGAGAAUUCUUGAAAUAAUUAAAGAAAAAGUUCCAGAAUUUAAUUUAUCACGGGAUCAGAUUUCCCGUAAAUUUGUGACUCUCUUCUGCACAUAUAAAAGAAUUAAAAAGCGAAAUAGCUUAACAGGGCGUGCUGCAAGUGCUUGGGAGUUUUUUGAAGAAUUUGACGAUGUGUAUGGAACCAGACAUUCCAUUAGUACGCCACCUGAGAAUUUGCAUUCGUCUUUGUCACUGCCAAGUACAAGGAAUGCUUCCAAUGUAAUGGAAGAUAUUGAGGUUUCGAAUGACUCUCCAGGAACCUCGAACAACACAACAUCGACCAAUCUCGGCAGAAGGCGUAGGACAACCAGUGCCAAUGAGUCUCUGGAAUUCCUUGAGGAAGAAGCUAAAAAUGAAAACGGAAAGGCACGAUCAGAUUAUAGAGCUUGAACGGGAAAAGAUGCAAAUAGAGCGCGAGAUAAUACAAACCAUGGCUAGCCUUAGAGAUAUGCUUCAAAAGUUUUUAGAUAAGAUGAUAGUAUUUAGUCUUAAAUAUGAAUAUGGCUGUAAAACAGAGUAAUUGGAGUUUUUUUUUAAUUUAACUUACGAAUAAUUUUAAGUUGUUAAUUAGUACACAAAUAAAACACAAUGGAUUCCACUCAUAA